AUGUUUGGCUUCCUUGUCGUAUGGAGCGUCGCGGCAUUAUUUGUCUUCGGGCCAUCUUCCCAUAAGGAAAAUGGACUGCCCGAUAGUGAAAGCAGCAGCGACUCGGAUCGUCAAUGGCCGUCUGUCCCAGACGUUCCCGUCACAACGGUUGCCGUGGACACCCUGUUGUUGAAUGACACGAUGGCACCACCUUCCAAGGUCAAAUUCAGUUUCCCCAAGUUUGUGGGCCAGCCAGCCAAGUUUCCGAUCCCGACGGCAUCGACAUGUGGCAUCCGCAAGGCCAAGUCGGCUAAGGAAGUCGUGUACAUGACCGUGGACGACGGACCGUCACCGUCGGGCCGGUUGAACCUGCUCAACGCGAUGGACCAACUCAACAACCGCAAGAACAAGGAGGCGGCGUACGUGACGUUCAUCGAGAGUGG